AUGUCCAACAUAAAUUUGAUAUGCAGAUCAAUAUCAAAAUUACGAAAUCAUAAGAGAAUCGAUAACCAAAAAAAGCAUUCCUUAAUUAAUUUGGUAUUGCAAGAGAAUUUAUCAACAAGACAAGCAGCACAGAAACUAUAAAUCAAAUAUUCUACUGCUAAGUACAUUGUGAAGAAUUUCAAAAAUAAAGGGAAUAAUUUAGAUUAACAUAAACAAAAUCAGAGUAAAUAAAAAUCCAUUGUCUCUAAUGUUAAUAUUAUCAUAGAUGUCUCUGAUGGGAAUAUUACUCUAGCAAGAAAUAGCACAAAAUAAAGUUACUAUGACUUGAAUUCUCUGUUGGAAGAACUUAAAUGUAGCAAUUUACUUUAAACUUCUGAGUUUAUUUUGUAGAAAAUUAGUAAAAUACCGUGGUAUCAAAUCAAUUACAGAAAUUGUAAUGAUUCGGAAUUUUUAAUGGCCUCAUUACUCAAAUAACAUCAACAAAUGAAACAAAUAUGA